GCUCCAGCGUUGUAUGGCUAAGGUUUUUACUUCUCUGAGGGAGAGUAUAACGUUAAGAUAUAAAGUGAGGAUUGGAAUAACGGCGAAAAUACUGUUUCUUAUCGUAGUGUUGAAGAAGACUCAACGGCUGGGCAUUAUGGAAGUCUUCGUAUUACGGAUUGAAGAUCCAGGUUGCUUUUGGGUUACUAUGAAAGGAUGUGGGCCUCAUGUAGUUGAUGAAAUAGAAUAUAAAAAGCUGAAUGCAGAAAUGAAUCAGUUCUAUGACAAAGCUUGUGACGAUGAAGUAAAGCCAAUAACAUUAGAAAAAGACCAGCUUUGUGUGGUUUUCAGCGAGGAGCUGAAGUGCUGGUGUAGAGCAAUUGUUAAGUCUAUCAUGUACUGUGCAGACCAUUAUCAAAUAGAAUGUUUUCUAGUGGAUUAUGCAAAAUAUACUUUUGUUAAAUCAAAGGAUGUUCGAGUUGCAGUGGAAGGAUUUAUGCAAAUUCCCUUUAGAGCAAAAAAAUGUGGAUUGUAUUGCACAAAGCCUGUGACAUUGCACGUCAACCUCUGUGAAGAUACAGCAAAAAUAGUACCAGCCAAAAGGUGGGAUAAUGCUGCUACACGGUAUUUUCAAAGUCUUCUGGAAGCAACUACCCAAAUCAAAGCGAAGUUAUGUUCUGUGGAAGAUAAUACGUUUCAUGUUAUUCUUUAUGUGACAGUAGAAGAUGAAAAGGUAUGCAUUAAUGAUGAUCUUGUCUUAAAGAAGUUUGCUCGUUUUGAGGAAGCUAAAGAGAAUAUUCGAAGUCCAACAAAAGAACGAGAUAACCAGACAUCAUUAAAUGUUGAUUUUCCUCCAGUCGAAAUUGUUAAUCCAGCGCUUGCUUUCAGGCCAGUGUGGUUGCAAGAGAAGGUACCAAUGAAUCUUGAAGCAGGUCAUACAGUUUUGAGUUCUUCUGUUGAAAAGACAUACAAAAGGUCAAACAUGGAUCUCAGUGAAAAUAAUGAAUCUAGAUUUCAAAACCUUAGAGAAGAACGAAGCUUUGUCUUUCUUAGCAACAAAAUUGAGCCAACUUCAAUUUUGGAAAAAGCGCCACUUCACGAUAAUCUGAAAAAGGAACUUGCUCAGGAUAAGUUUUUAGGCCCUAACUUCACAGAAUCUUACUCUUGGCCAGCAAUAGCUCGAGGAUGUGACGUAGUUGCCAUCUCCUAUCAAGGAAAUGACCCUUUCUUAUAUAUUCCACCAGUUCUUGCUUUCUUGGAAGUGGAAGGCUGCUACAAAGCCUUGCCAAAAAGAAAUGGACCGCUGGUGCUUAUUUUAUGUCCUGGUUGGAGGAAGGCACAGCUUGUUUUUGAGGUACUGAAAAAAUACAGCAGAUGCUCCAGACUGAUUCGUCCAAUGUUGGUAAUACUUGGGAAGAAAAAAGAAGAAGCUGAAAAGGUGAAAAUCCAAGGAUGUGAAAUAAUUGUGACUACACCAUAUAGCCUCCUGAGAUUGUAUGAAUAUCACCUUUUCUUGUUUUCUGGACUUUGCCAUCUUAUUUUGGAUGAAAUUGAGGUACUAUUCUCUGAAGCUGCUGAACAGGUAAGUGGGUUAUGCAUUCUGAUGAUAAAAUGCCUUUCAGUUCUAAUGCCCCUCACAGUCUUGAAGACUGGAUGGCAAUACAGAUACCAGCUUCCUUCAAACCCUGUGCUCUGCCGCCACCUGGGCCGCGUCCCCGACAUCUGGGCGCUGCAGGAGUGGAGCAACUGGCUCACCCCGGUGGGCAGGGCCGGCCGCGGCGGGCGGCGCUACGACACCGCCUUCUACCUGUGCUGUCUGGGGACGCGGCCGCAGCACACCUCGCAGGACGACCAGGAGAUCGCGGCCUUCCUGGUAAGGGCAGCGGGAGCCGCCCGCGCCGCGCCACGCUCCGUGUUUCACCUCGCGGCCACGCGGGCGCCGUGA